AUGUCUUUGAUCCAAGCACUUUCUUUUUGCUAUCCUUGCUCAAUCUCCAAGUCUGCCGAGGCAGUACGUGAAAUCACUGCUAACUCCUCCCUCUUCCAAGCUCCUGUUUAUCAGGUUUCUCUUAAGCAUAAUGUCCCCAUAUUAGGCUACUCUUUCCGUUGCACUCUAGUCAAUUGCAUGGCCAGCAAGGGUGAUGUGUUCAGCUAUCCCUGA